GCUGAUUCAGUCGUAUAACUGAUUGUGUGCGAGAGUGUGUACACAUUGUUAGCUUACUUUUCAACGUGUUAGAAUGGGUGGAAAAACUAAACAAACGCCUCGCUCUAAAAACAAUGCAAAGCCAUCGAGCAGCAGCCGCUCCGCGGAGCUGCUGGGCAGUACAACCCCUGUGUUUGUUGGCUUCUCGGCUCAAGCCGAUGGCAACUUGGUGCCCUUUGCUCCGGGUUUUGCCAGCGCCGAGCAAAUGCCAGAAACAUUCGACGUUAACAUUAGUCCACAGACGCAAAUCAUACUACGUAAGCUGUCGAAAAAGGAUCCCAUGACCAAGAAAAAGGCACUGCAAGAGCUGCACGAACUCAUCACAGAAUCGGACUUGGACACACUAAAAAACAUUUUGCCGUUGUGGCCUAAAUUUUAUCACAACCUGGCGACUGACAUUGAGCACGCAGUGCGUGAGCAAACACAGCUGGUGCUGCAGUUGCUCAUGUCCAAAUGUAAGCGUGCUAUGGCUCCGUACCUGAAGCAACUGGUUCCAGUGUGGAUCGCCAGUCGCUUCGACAACUACGCACCUGCCGCGAGCAUUGCCAGCAAUUCGUUUCGGGAGACCUUCGCCCGGACAUCCGAAGUGUGCUUGCACUGCCAGAGUGAAAUCAUUGAGUACACCACAAGAAAUUUAACGUUUCACACUCCGGCGACGCUUUCCAUUGGUAAAAACCUGAAACCUGAGGAGUCUGAGCAAAAAUAUCAGCGCGUUGUCAUCAGCAGUUUAAAGGAGUUGUCCUUCUUUAUGGAGCAAACGGCACAAGCAGAAGAUCUGGAACACUUAAAGCAGGGUCUAGCAACUCUAGUGACGCAUCAAAAGUUCUGGAGUUUUGCCAAGCACAAGCAGCCCGCUAUCAAGGCCGCCUGGUUUGAGUGUGUCUAUCACAUGCUGCAGUGCUCCAAGUUGCUGGAAGUGAUCACACCACAAAAGUCGCAACUUAUCACAACGAGCUUUCAAUUCAUUGACGAUGCUGAUCCACUGGUCGCUCCUCACGUUUGGGGCUGUGUGCUGCUCCUGCAAAGCAACUACGAUGAUUGGUAUGCUCCGCUCAAUAUCCGCAAGGCACUGCUUCCAAAACUCUCAACGAUGUUAGGCAACGCCUUUAAUCGCAAUGCUCAGGCGAUUUGUCCAAAUUUGCUGCCGUUUCUGUCCAAGAUUACGCCUGAUAGCUUGCAGGGCUUAGACAUUUACGAGUUCUAUCAGCGUUUUUUUGAUAAUUUGAAAACUGCAAUUGUUGGACCACAUGAUCCACCACUGUCCAAAUCCGACACUUCGAUCAUGCACAGUGCGUACUUUGAGUGUUUGCGCUUUCUACUCCAGCAGAUUAACAAUGAUGCGGAUCGGACUGCAUCGGUGGAGCAGUUUGGGUUUGGACUGCUUGAACAGCAGCUGCUGCAACCCAUUGGACAGUUGCUGCUCAGUGAGAAUGCACAUGCCAAGUACUUCUUCCAGCACACUUCGGCACUAGUUGCUUUCUGGGAUCGUCAGUGCAAUAAUGAGAGCAAUAAAAGCUCCUGCUCCCUGUAUGUCAAAUUAUUGAAUGUGUUCUGGACACGCAUCUUUGAGAUGGUCACACAGCAUCUCGCAGCUGAGGACAUCAAUGAGCAGUGGCUGUCACAUGUUCUGCUGCUGGUCCAGGAUCUGCAUGUAGCGAAUCCCAGUUUGGAAACACAGUGCGUCAAGUUUCUGGAAGCAGACGAAGAAGUGGCGAUAUCAGAGAAAACUUCCCAGCACUCAACGCCCUCAAAAAAAGGCGAUGGUUACGCCGCCUUCAUUCAAAAGGAGCUCAAGCAGCUGGUGGUCAAACUGGUGCGAAUUUGCCUGGACAAGGCAACCAAAAGCAACAACUCCGCGCGCUACAUUCCCCAGGUGCGCACGCUGACCAAUAUGUUCACAGAUGCCGAGUUCUACAAGAGUUUAACAGAGAUGGGAGAGCUGAGUGCCACGCUGGAUAAGUUUGUGGCACUGCUCGGACAGAUGAACGAUGAGGCUUGCGAGUCUGUGGUAGAGAUACUCUUUGAGAUUCUGGCGUUGCUGGAGCCGGCACAGCGUUUCGACUAUAUUGCUCAAAAGCUCUUAAAGCUGGAACAACAUCGCGUGCAGAACCUGCUGCUGCAUCGGCUGCUCUCCUAUCCACUUUGCACUGAGCCUGCCGUGCGCCAAAUGCUCGCCAGCCCAGAGACCUGUUCAAUUAUCACACGCAUUGCCGAGGAGGUUGUCGUGGACAACAACCGGGAUAAACUCAACCUGUUGCACAAGUGCUUCUUUCAAACGGAUACGGGCGAUAUUCUUAUAAAUGCUGCUACGGUAGACAAAAUUGUACUGGUCAUGUCUGCACCGCUGGAGCAACCGCCAUCGAAUGACAUGGUUGAGGUGUGUGGCAGUUUUAUAGCUCAGAUAAUGCCCGUCAUAUGCAGUCAGGACAACUCCUCGCUGGCUGUGCGACAGCAAGUCUUUCUACGGUUGUACAAGUUUAGCCUGGAGCAGCGAGUGGGCGACUAUCUAUCAGAGGAUACCCUUUGGGAAAUAACCACUUGUUGGCAGGAUGCGCUCUCUAGCAAGGACAUUGAAAUUGACGAUGUGCUGCUGCAAAGCUGUGCUAGAAUUGUUGAGGAAUUGGCAAACACGGCCGAGCUGAAUGCUGGUAGUUUGGACAACAUGGCAGAGGCUAUGGCCAAAUUUGUUAUAUGUUCCACAGAGAAUAUUGAGGAUGAGCCAAAGCGUUUGGCUCGCAUAGACGAGAGCAUUGUGGCGCUGCUAAGCUCCAAACUGAAGACCAAUGAAAGUGUUCUCCAAUUUGAACAUCAUUGUGUGUACUUAGAGUCGCUGCAGGAAUCGAUAAGCGCUGGCGUCGCCUUCGACAAUGCUGGUAUGGAUGAGCACAAGAUUUUACCUGUACUGCGACGCGCGGCUUUGAACUUUACCACAAUCUGCAAACUUGUUUGCCGUGUGGAAAAUCCGCAAUUGGCACACCAAACAAAUGACGGCGAAGAUGAGCUCACGGAGGACUAUUGUGAUCCCAAUGCCAAUCUGCUCAAGCAAUGGAGUGAAUCGUUAAUUUUAGAGAUACUCCAGUGCAUAAAAGUCGCUAGCACUUCAGAGACCUGGAUGGAAGUCAACUCCCAUUUAAAUGCCGCUAGUGAAGAACUGGUACUUUGCCUGUCCGAACAGAUUCACAGUUUUAUGGGCAACAGCAGCGAAUUGGUGGACAUAAUCAAGGAGCGCAUGAAACAGGCCGCCAUUCAACAGGACAGUGUCAUUAGCUGCCGUCAAUUGGGUUAUCUAAUUUAUUACUCCCAAUAUGCGGCUUUUGAGGAAAGUGCGACGAUUUUACUGCAUGAGGAUCUGGCCGAGUUGUUUGUAUCCCAAGGCAAACCCAAAGCUUACGUUAUGACGCUGCAGCAUCUUUUGCCAAAACUUUCGCAAAAGGCUCUUAAUUUGAAUAGCGCCAUCAUGCGAACGGAGCCACCAGAUAUGUGGGUCAAGGCAGCCGUCUUCCGGUGUCUGCUACUCAACAACUUCCAAUCGGAUCUCAAUGAGCAAACAGAUCGCAAUAUUAUUGCCUCUGCGUUGCAGUUCUUGACCCGCGUAGGCGAACAGCAAAAUGCCCAAAAAGAGUUGCUCCAUUAUAAUGUUGAGCUUCUGAGACAGCCUUACGAGUCUGUGCUGAAUACUGUGGAAAUUAUUCAUCUGCUCAAUGAAAUUUUGCAACGUUUCCCCUAUGAGCUGAGCAUUAAAAACUGGGAUGCCAUACGGAUUGGACUCAGCUCCUGGGUUCUUACUGUUUCUAAAUCUAUAACACAUUACAGCGAUCCAAAGACAUCCUUUUUUAUUGUGGCUGUAUUCCAACUGUUUGCUACGCUUAUUACCUUUAUACGCUCGGAGAAGCAAAAGAGCUCAACGGAGAUGCUGAAGAAUGUGGUGGACGAGUGGGAGAGUCUUUUUGCCAGGGAGGUCAAUGUGGUACUAUUUAAAUCAUAUUAUCAGCUGACUCAUGACACAACUGUGCAACCAGAAUCUCUUGUAUGCUACGAGGCUUUAUUGGAACGUCUAAUGCCUACAAUGGAGCUGCUGGACUACAGCUUUGUUUACGGGUUCUGCAAAGCGUCUAAUUCAAAGAUUUCCCUGGAUCAUCUAUGUAAUUUGCUACUCAAGCAGCUGCACUGUUCACAGCACAGCGUGCGAAUGAAUGCGGUGCAGGCGCUGCGUCAGUUGACUCCACACUUUGUGGCCGAUGACAUAAUGGUGAAUGAUAAACAAAAUGAUAAUUUGGAUGCAGCAUGUUCGACGAUCUCCAAGUGGCACUUCCUCAAUCGCUUUGAGGAUUAUCUAACGCGAUAUGAUGCUCUUAUGCGUAAAUAUUUGGAUGAGUUUAGUUUUAAGCUCACCGAACUGGAAGAUCUGGAACCUAUUGACAAACACGAUGCUUUUAGCUAUUUGCUAAUAUGGGACUGCAUUAUAUAUGCUUGCGCCAAGUCGCCAGUUGCACUGCGAUCGGUCUACACGAGUUGGCUGAAUGAGAAUCGCUAUGAAGAGAAUUUUCUACAUUUUCUCUUUCGGGCCAUGCCGGUGGACAUAUUGAAGAAUCACAGCGCUAAAUGGCACAGUAACGACGUCUAUAAGGAGCUAAGUUGGCCUCAAUUGAAGGAUCCCCAACUGUCAGUGGAACGCUAUGCCUGUCAUCUGUAUACAGAGGUGUUGCGAAAAUUGCCCGCCGUGGUGCGUAAAUGGUGGAAUACUUGCCAAUCGAGGCAGAAGAACUUUGUUGACAAUCUUACCACGAAUUAUGUGAGUGCACUGAUCUGUACCGAGGAGCUUAAGGCAAUCGCCAAUCGCAAGGAGAAGCACGAGAAUAUGCAGGUGACAGUGCACACAUCAACACGAGAAGUUCUGGCUGUCUAUGCACUAGAUGAGGCACGCAUGGAGCUCGUCAUUACGUUGGCGCCCAAUUAUCCGCUAGGCGCUGUUAAAGUUGAAUGUGGUAACCAAAUUGGCGGCCGUGCCAAUGCUCGGAAUGUAGGCAUGCAGUUGACCAUAUAUUUGACCCAUCAGAAUGGCACAAUAUACGAUGGCCUCACUCUGUGGAAAAACAAUCUGGACAAGAAGUUCGAAGGUGUGGAAGAAUGUUAUGUUUGUUAUACAGUCAUACAUCAGGACACCUGCCAGCUGCCCAAAUUGACCUGCAAGACCUGCAAAAAGAAAUUCCACGGACCCUGCUUGUACAAAUGGUUCACGACGAGCAGCAAAUCCACCUGUCCCAUUUGCCGCAAUGUUUUCUAAACAAUUAAGCCUUAAUUUAAACAAUUUGGCGACACGUAUUAAUCUUUGGCACAACGGACAUCAAGCCGAUAGUCAAUAGUUUUAUUUUUUGGCCCUUCCUGUAAAUCAAUACAAUACAAACAAUAAAUUCGCACUAGUUUUAAAUGUCUAAAGA